CGGGGGCGGGAGCUUUCCGCUCUGAUCUCUGUUUGCAGCAUCCUCUGGAGCAGCCUCUGUUGCUCUGUUGUGUGAAAUACAAGAAAGAGACAGACGGGGGGAGGAUAUCCGAGGAGGCAACCGGAGAACGGGAAGGUGAUCCCUUGGGGAUAGGGGUUGAUCUGGUGUGUGGAGUCCAUCCUCACAACAAAUGGCAGUUUGGUCAAUGUAAACAGCCUGUGCAGUACCUGCAUUACUAAAAGGGGAAGCAGAAGAGAAGGCGGAGGAGGAGGAGCAGUGGCCGCUGGAGGAAAGGCUGCCUCUUCCAGCUAACUCCAGUCUGCUGCAGACCCUCUUAAAUCAUGCAUGUUGUAUGUUAAGUUUUAGGUUUUAUUCUCCACAUCAUAUGACCAGAGUAUCAUCAAUGCCUCAGCAGACCUCAACCCAAAGGCACGACACCUGUGUCGACCAUGAGAUGCACUAGAGGCUGAGCGACACAACAACAUCCCCACACACGGAUCACAAAUACAUCCUUCAGUUGAAACUGUUGCACCAGACCAUGGCUGUUACUGCAGCUAAGACAACUACAAGUUUUCUCUCUACAACUGCCACGACCACCGCAAUCCCCUUCCUCUCGACGAGCAAGAGCGCCAGAGACAAUGUCACCUCAAGAACGACACUAAUGACUGUUACCAUAACAACAAACGACACCAGCUUCAAUGCCACGGCGUUUCCAGAGGUGGUGAUCGAGGGCUCGGGAUUGGGAAUGGUGCUCUUACCCUUUGGCAUCAUCACUGUCAUUGGCUUGGCCGUGGCAAUUAUGCUGUAUAUUCGGAAACGUAAGCGGUUGGAGAAGCUGAGGCACCAGCUCAUGCCAAUGUAUAACUUUGACCCGGCUGAAGAACAAGAUGACCUGCUGGAACAGGAGCUACUGGACCACGGCCGGGAAGGCAGCCUCACAGGUCCCAACGCCAAGACUCUCACAACCUCCCAGGGGACCACGCAGAGGCCCAGUCGUCUGGUCUUCACAGAUGUAGCCAAAGCUCUCAACGCUUAACAGCUCUCUUCCAUUAGUUAAAUCAUCCAGGAAAAGACUGUCUCCGAGGAAGUAAAACAAAGGGAAAACUGGACUGGUUCUGGGAACAACUGGAGCAUUGGUGACAUUUUUUUAUCACUACGACAUAGUACGUGAAAUGGCCGUGGUUUUCAAAAUAAGAAAAAAAAUGUAAGGUGCAUGUAUGGUAGGGGAGCAUAACGGGAAGCAUCACGUACGAUCUUGCACUGCUAUCAUUUGGAGCACAAAUGAAGUGUGUUGCACUUUUCUUGAAUGAUGCUAUGUCAUUAGUGUUCAAAUGUGUGAUGGCUUGUCAGUGAAGUUCUUCUGAGCUUCAAUAUCUACUUCCAUGUUUGAUAAAAGAGAAGUGUAAAUUUG